CUGCUGCUGCUGCGGCUGAGGAGGAGGAGGAGGAGGCCGAGGGCGGCUGUCGGGCCUGAGGGAGGCGGGCGGGCAGGGAGGCAGCGGUGGUGGUCGAGGGGGGCGCGCUCCUCCUCCUCCUCCCCCUCCGCCGCCGCCAUCAUCAUGUCGCUGCACGGGAAGCGCAAGGAGAUCUACAAGUACGAGGCGCCCUGGACCGUCUACGCCAUGAACUGGAGCGUCCGGCCCGACAAGCGCUUCCGGCUGGCCCUCGGCAGCUUCGUCGAGGAGUACAACAACAAGGUUCAACUUGUAGGUCUAGAUGAGGAAAGCUCAGAGUUCAUUUGUAGGAAUACUUUUGAUCACCCAUAUCCUACUACCAAGCUAAUGUGGAUCCCAGACACCAAGGGGGUUUAUCCAGAUCUUUUGGCAACCAGUGGGGACUACUUGCGUGUAUGGAGGGUGGGUGAAACAGAGACCAGACUAGAGUGUUUGCUGAACAACAACAAGAAUUCUGACUUCUGUGCACCGCUGACAUCAUUUGAUUGGAAUGAAGUGGAUCCUUAUUUGCUGGGCACUUCGAGCAUUGACACAACCUGCACGAUCUGGGGUUUGGAGACUGGCCAGGUCUUGGGGAGAGUGAAUUUGGUGUCAGGCCAUGUCAAGACCCAGCUGAUUGCUCAUGAUAAAGAGGUAUACGAUAUUGCAUUCAGCCGUGCAGGAGGUGGGAGAGACAUGUUUGCUUCUGUUGGUGCUGAUGGCUCAGUCAGGAUGUUUGACUUGCGGCAUCUGGAGCACAGCACUAUUAUCUAUGAGGAUCCUCAGCAUCACCCGUUGCUCCGCCUUUGCUGGAAUAAACAGGACCCCAAUUAUCUUGCUACGAUGGCAAUGGAUGGAAUGGAGGUGGUGAUUCUAGAUGUCAGAGUCCCUUGUACUCCUGUUGCCAGGCUGAACAACCACAGAGCGUGUGUGAAUGGCAUUGCUUGGGCACCCCACUCGUCUUGCCAUAUCUGCACAGCAGCGGAUGACCAUCAAGCUCUUAUUUGGGACAUCCAGCAAAUGCCUCGUGCCAUUGAGGACCCAAUAUUGGCCUAUACAGCAGAAGGAGAAAUCAACAAUGUACAGUGGGCAUCCACCCAACCAGACUGGAUAGCAAUUUGUUACAAUAACUGCCUUGAAAUCUUGAGAGUGUAAAAACUGCUGGGCCAUAAAAGAAAAUGAAGCGGGACUGUCUCAUUCCCUUCCCUUCUAAAGCUGAGCAGAACUUCAUCCAUAUGGUUCCAGUGGCUCUCAUCAGUUUGACAACUGAAGCUGGUGGGUAUGUUGUUAGCAGUCUCCCCUUGUGUGAAAUGAAAAGGCAAGGCUGUGCUGAGCCUCAUGGCCCUUGGAGUUUUUAAUAUUUCUUUCUACUAAAGUCAUGUUUAUAUGACCACUGUUAAGCGGGCAUUGUGUUCACUGAGCAAUUACCACCCUAACAGAAAUAAUGUGUUACUAUUGAGGAUUUCUGGUAGCUCUUCAACAUUCUAGUGGUGGGAUACCUAGAUAACUUUCUGUAAGAAUUCAAAUUUUUUAAACUUCUCCAUCGGUCCACCCAUCACUUUGAUAAGCAUUGUAAAUGUAGCCUUUCCACUUAAAAGUUAUGAAUAAAGUUGUUCAACUAUAUGCAAAGACUUGUGGAUGUUGAAAAACUAUUGCAGAAAAUUUCUCUGUUUCAGAAACUCAAAGGGCUUUGAAGAAUUGAGCUGUCCCCUCUGCUUUCUUGCCUCCACCAGCAACUUUUGUUCUCACUGUACUAGUGGUCCUAGGUGUGUGUCUGUAUUCCUAAAGUAAAGCUUGAAGCUCGUUGUCCAGUAUCAAAUCUAUUUUCUGCUCUCAUCUCCCUCUACUUAGAAUCUUCAGUAAAAAACAGUGUAUAAUAGUGUGGAUGUCUCAAGCCUCUAAUUAGAGAAGUACAGUGUUGGUGUGCAUGUGUGUUGCUCCCAUUCCUUCUUCCCAGUAAAAAAA